UUAGUCAUUUAAAUUUCGCCAUUUCUAAAAGAAGAUAAUCAUGUCAUCCACUGGAGUUACAACUAAUUCUUAUAAUACCAAUACAACUGGUAAUGAUAAUUUAUAUUUUCAAUCAGCUGCCAUUAUGAAUAAGCCACCAAUUACUCUCACUCGUACCACGACAAAUCCUAUACCAACUGCGAUUAUAAGACCUCUUACGCUAGGUUCUCAACCUUUUUUUCAAGGUAUCCAUUCUAAUUUACCACCUUUUUACUACCCAAAUCAAUUACUUAACAUGCCUAUAAACUCUACAUCUAAUAAUUUAGCAAUGCUGGCUGCUGCACGUCAGCAUCAACAAUUUUUAUUAUCUAAUGCAAAUUCUCAACAAUUAUUUUCACCAAAUAUUUCUUUUACUAACAAUAUGUUAGCGCCUAAAGUAACAAUAGCAUUUACUAACAAUUAUACACAAGGUAUAAAUAAUCAAACUCAAGUUAGCUCUAUAACAUCUACCCCUGCCAAUAAUUUAUAUUUUAUGGGAGCACAAAAUAUUCCAAGGAUACCAUUUUCUCUGGCUGCCUUAACCUCGCAUCCUAUGAAUCUGCUUAAUUUAAAUCAUUUAUCAUUAAAUAGCAUACAAAACUUGACAACAAGCAUUAAUACCAAUAUAAAUAAUAAAGUAUUAAACUAUGGAUUAAUAACUUGUUCAAUCACUCAAAACACCACCUCAACUUUAAAUUACAAUUUAUCAAAUAUGGGCUUUAUAAGCUAUCACAAUACAAACAUAUUGCCAUCCUUAAAUAAUAAAAUGUCUAUAAUAUCAUCACAUUCUCCUUCAAUGAUUUUAAAUCCUAAUGGCAACAAUUUUUCUUUCUCUCACAAUUUUUCAGCUAACCUUAAUCAACAACAGUUUCAGCGGUUAAAAGUUGAGGAUGCCUUAUCAUAUUUAGAUCAAGUGAAAAUGAGAUUUGGCAACCAACCUCAAGUCUACAAUGAUUUUCUAGAUAUAAUGAAGGAAUUUAAAUCACAAAGCAUCGAUACCCCGGGCGUUAUAGGUAGGGUUUCGGGCCUUUUCAAAGGUCACCCUGACCUCAUAGUAGGCUUUAACACGUUCCUCCCGCCCGGAUUCAAGGUGGAGAUCAAUAAUUAUGGAGCCGCAGUUCCUUUAGGUGCAAACUCGCUCGCUUUCACUUCUGCCACCCACAAAAGGUCUUCGGACAAAUGUCCCCCAGCUUCAAGUAGUGCCAGUACACCCAACGCUCUCUCCCUAUCCAUCUCCAACUUUAACCCUUUGGCUAACGUCAGUAGCGGUCCUACGUACGUGAAAGCUAACGUCAUCCCUACCGCUUCUAUCCAGCAAUCUUUUUUCAGUCCCAUGCUUGUUUCCACCUCGAGUCACGUUGCAGGGACAACCAUACCUUCUUCCACCACGGGCGAUAAAGGAAUAGGGGGAAGGUCAUCCAACAUGGCCUUCACCGGGAAGGAUUUGUUGGAACACAAGCCCAGCUUUUUCACUCCCAUCGCUGUCACAAAGCAUAACAACCCGACUCCUCUAAACGUUCCCGCCACCGUGCAGCCCAAGAUAGAGAUGCCCGAUAACUUCCCCGUCUCCGGUAACGUCACGCAUUCCCGGGCGGAAAGCGCUAAGCACCCCUCCAAAAAGGACACCCCCAAGAAGUCUUCGAAGGACAGUCCCGACAUCAAACCUAUCGUGUCGAGCUCCGCCGGUGAUAAUUCUAACCUCCCACAACCAGUCGAGUUCAAUCACGCCAUAAAUUAUGUCAACAAAAUCAAGAAUCGAUUCCAGAACAAACCAGAAGUUUACAAGUCGUUUCUAGAGGUGCUGCACAGAUACCAAAGGGAACAGCGAUCCUUGCGCGAAAGCAAGGAUCCUUCUUACAAAGGUUUGGGCGCCCUGGAAAAUCCUCAGAUCAAAAAGUUGAAGCAACUGACAGGCAUUGACAUGUCCAGCAACAGUGGCAACAGCACGGACACAGAGUCGGACGAUAAUUCUAGCAUUAAGACCAUUAAAGAACCUAAACAAACAACGCACAGGGUGCGAAAAUUUCUGACCGAAGCGGAGGUUUAUUCUCGGGUGGCUAAGCUCUUCGAAAAUCAGACCGAUCUAUUGGAGGAGUUCGCUCAAUUCCUCCCAGACGCCUGCAGGCAUUUAGAGGAAACCGACGUCAAAAGUUCCGCUCUAACUAAUAUUGGUUUAUCCGCCAAAGAUUUGAAUUAUGGUCAAUUAGCAACCGACGAUAGCGAUAUCAAAAACAAGAAAGUUGACCCAUUCAUAUCCUUAAUCGAAUCCGAAAAAUCGAAGAUGAAGGAAAUAUUGGAAGUCGACGUUAAACCGGACAUUAAACCGCCUUUGCAUCAAUUGCAGCGCGAACUCUCCAAGACUGCCGACAUCAAAAAGAAGAAAUCGACCAAUCAAGACAAAGAUGUGGUAGGCGUUGUGGACAAGGAUAUGGAAUUCGAUUCCGCCAGCCAACACUCGCCGGAAGUGGAUGACAAAGCCGUGCGGAAAGUGAAAGAGGAAGAGGAAAUCGUCGAAAAAAACACCGACAUCGAGGAAGUGCGGAAGGAUAUCAGUGCCAGCAGUAUCCCGGAUAAGGACCUGAAUAGUGCCCUGGCUAGCGCGAAAAAAUUCAAGCUCGUUCUACAGGACGUGACCUUGUCGCAGGCCGUUAAGUAUGGGACCCUGGCCGAUUACGCCUUUUUCGAUAAGAUCAUGAACGCCUUGAAUAACCAGACCGUUUACAAUAAUUUCAUGAGAUGCCUCAAUCUUUACAUAAUGGACAUCAUCACGGAUUGCGACCUCAUCUCUCUAUCCCAGAAGUUUUUCGUGCGUUUUCCAGAACUGCUUCAAGAACUCAAAACCUUUUUAGGUUUUACCGAUUCGGGCUCUGCCGUUACGUCCAUAAUAGGCGGUUAUAAAUCUUCGGACGCGAUCACCAGCGUUAGCGUUAUCGUUGAAACGGAAAUCAAGGAAGCUAUCAAAAAGGAAUUUUUGGCCGAAAAUGUCGUUCCGCGGGAAACGACAAAAAACGAGGACAAAACUCACAAGGGCGACAUUGGAUUGGGUCAACAUGUCAACAUUAAUAAGAAUUUGGUUCCAAGUGAAGCCAAAUCGAGCACGCCUCUCCCCAAGGAAAAAAGGACAACAGGGGGUGGGCCGAAUCAUACUAUUACCGGUAGCGUUAUAGCCUCGUAUCAUCAUAAGGAAAGAGCUUCGGUCCUUACCCACAACUUGAGCCGGUCUUCCACCACCGACAAUUACAAAAAUGUCAUGGCCGCUAAUAAUAGCUCUGGCUGCGGGACUAACAAAGACAUGGCCAAACGUAUUCCUGGGGAGUUUACGCUACAAUUAGACUAUUCUUCGCUGAAAAAAUGUGGCGUGAGUUACAGAGCCUUACCCAAAUCGUACCAGCAACCUUUGUGCGGAGGCAGGACUGGUCCCUGUAGAGAGGUCUUGAACGACACGUACGUCUCCUUCGCUUCCUGGUCCGAGGAUUCCUCCUUCGUUUCCUCCCGCAAAUCCAGCUUCGAGGAAAACAUUUACAGGGCGGAGGACGAACGCUUCGAACUCGACGUGGUGCUGGAGUCCACCAGGCACACCCUCAAAACUCUCGAGCAGACCCUAGCUGCCUUACUCAAUUCCUCCUUACACAGCACUGAUGGAAAAAAAAAUCACGUUAUAGGUGGGGUUCUCUUGGUCCUCAUAUUAGAUACCCUGAUACCUUAA